UGUCACCGUAAACUCCUAGGUCAAGGGGGAAGAAGCAUGGCUGCCUUGUUCAGAGGGUCUCGGAAUCUAUUGCAAAGGUUUAAUAAACAUGUCGACCCGGUUCUCGUGAGUAGCAGGUCCAUGGCCUCCAAGACUCCGGUGGGGUUCAUUGGGUUGGGAAACAUGGGCAGUCCUAUGGCCAAAAACCUGCUGAAGCAUGGGUACCCUGUCAUUGCCACCGAUGUCUUCCCUGAAUCCUGCAAGGAGCUGCAAGACGAGGGUGCCCAGAUCUUGGACACCCCAGCUGAGGUAGCAGAUAAAGCAGACAGGAUUAUCACCAUGUUGCCAUCCAGCCCCAACGUCGUGGAGGUCUACACUGGUACCAAUGGCAUCCUUAAGAAAGUGAAGAAAGGAACUCUGCUCAUCGACUCCUCCACAAUUGACCCCUUGGUCUCCAGGGAGAUGGCCUUCGCUGCUGAGAAAAUGGGCGCGGUCUUCAUGGACGCUCCCGUGUCAGGAGGUGUGGGAGCAGCCAGCCUGGCUAAGCUGACCUUCAUGGUGGGAGGAGUGGAGGAGGAGUACACUGCCGCCCAGGAGCUCCUCACCUGCAUGGGAGCCAACGUGGUGUACUGCGGACCGGUCGGUACGGGACAGGCAGCCAAAAUUUGUAACAACAUGCUGCUAGCGAUUGGGAUGAUUGGGACUGCAGAGACCAUGAACCUUGGAAUCAGGUUGGGUCUGGACCCUAAGCUGCUGGUCCAGAUUCUGAACAUGUCAUCAGGCAGGUGCUGGUCCAGUGACACGUAUAACCCCGUACCAGGCGUCAUGGAGGGGGUCCCUUCAGCGAACAACUACCAGGGAGGCUUUGGGACCACGCUCAUGGCCAAGGAUCUGGGUCUGGCCCAGCACACAGCCACCAACACCAAGACUUCCAUCCCCCUGGGCUCGCUGGCCCAUCAGAUCUACCGGAUCAUGUGUGCCCGCGGCUACGCCAACAAGGACUUCUCCUCUGUGUUCCAGUUCCUACGCGAGCAGGAUGAGGAUCCUGAAACGAAGGGGGACUAGAACUUCCAUGCCCUUAGCCCCUGCCAGACGUAUACUCCCCUGUAACUUCCUGUACCACGAGCAGAGUAGGAGGUGGAAUUUCCCCCUCGUCACAGAUCUAGGAUCAGAUAUGGACUAGCUGCGGAGUGACCGUGACCGAAGACUGAUCUUGCAUCAGGGUCUAGAGGCAACUUUAUUCCCUUCCUUUGCUCCCAGCUUGGCUGAGGAGAGGACUGAUUAUUAUCAGAGUGACAUAGGAACUUUUGAAACCCGCUGAUCCUAAGUCAGGUCUGAUUUAAUUCCCUUGAAGGUUAAGGUUUGGAUGGGAGAUUUGCACUGAUCCUGGAUGUGUGGUUGGGGGCAGUCUCUACCUACUGAGGCCAGGUGGAUUUAAAAGGUAAUUAUUGACAGAUCAGUUAAGGUGCCUACAGUUGACCUCUGAUCUUUGUCUUGGGUUGUUUUUGUGUGUGUGUCGCCCACGUUAUGGCCGAUAAUCCUGCCUCUGUCCGAUGACCCAAGAGAAUAGUGAACGUACACCGCAGUACUCCUCCACUGGGCCCAUGGUCGAUCUGGUUGAAAGGCAACAUAUAUGUUAGAGAGACCCUGUCCCACUUUUUCAGCUGUAGCCCCAUUUAACAAUGGCGAUGAUGAUGAUGAGGAAGAAUAUUGAAGAUGACUGACACCACCGAACUUAAGACUGUUAGGGAAGGGUCUGCCACUUGGACCGUUGACUGUACAGAGACCAUUAUUCCACACGGACAACUAUUCCACACGGACGAUUACUGCAGAUUACUAGAUUUGUCGUUUUGUUACCCUGGUUAUGGAGUGCUUGGUAAUCGUUACAUAUGUAGACCUACGGUCAUUUGUUCAUUCAUUGUCCAUCCGUUUAUCCAUGUUUUUAUUCAGUAAAUUUUUGCUGCACAGUAUUGUUUGUGUUCAUUUUUUAGGGCAUAUCUACCAUGCUUCUCAUUGGACAGAUUCACUUCUUCUGUCCAGUACUGUGAGCUGCCAUUGGCUGCCGCUCCCUGGUCACACUGUUUAUGAUGGCCAGUGAGUCCUUUGAUAUACCUCCUUUAUUGUAGUUUCAGCAUGUUAUUUAAUAUACCUCUAUACUGAAACUUCAGCGUUUGCAUCUCUGCUGUAGUUUCGGCAUGUUAUAUAAUUUACCUCAAUACUGAAACUUCAGCAUUUGCAUCUCCUUUACCGCUUGUCGUAGUCUUUCGCGUCUCAUGUUCCCUCUGUUUUCUCACUGUUGUUGAUCUUUGCUCUCUCUGUUUCUGGCUGUUCUGUCUUUCAGAACAUGCUGCGUGACCAGAGGGUAGGUUUUGUCUUGCUGUGCUGUGUGGAUGUGCGUUGGAUGUUUUGAGGACUAGAGUCAUCAUGAUCAUGUUGUUUUUCUGUUUGUUGUGUAGGUUAGUAGAGCAUCCGAUUCUUUCGGUCUGUCCUUUACUCCAUCUGUCUUUUUUUCUUUUGUUAUUGUUUUUUUUCUGUAUUCUGAUUAGUACAGCUCACUCUGAUCCAUACUCUCUUGUAAAAACAUCACCACGCUCAGAAAUAAAGAGGAUCUUUUCUCUAACCUCAA